AUGCAAAGCUCGAAAUCUUUCUUAAUACGCGAUCUACUGGGUGACCUUAUUAAUCGACCAAAUCGUCGACAAACUGACUCUGAGCUGGAUUUGUCCAACGACGAGUCAGACAUUGACAUUGAGGAUCGUUCUACGCCCGAUUCGAUGGCCAUUGGCUGUCAGCAGGAGUUGCUACUCGCACAGCACUACAACCACAACCACAAUCACAACCAUGACGACGACUCCAGUGUUGAGUCCUGCGGCAGCGGUACGCCCGGUCCCAGUCCCAAUGCGUCGCACGGUGCCAACUUAAGCGCCGCUGCUGCUGCAGCGGGCAUGGCCGCCGGACUGCUAGCCGUAGCUGCAGCUGGUGCCGGCGGCGGCAGCGCUGAGAGCAAUGAUCACUCCGUUGGCAAUCUAGGCAGCGGCAGCUAUGCGGAGCACAAGCUGCAGCUAAGCAAGAGUGGACGCAAGCCACGACGACGACGCACAGCGUUUACGCAUGCCCAGUUGGCAUAUUUGGAGCGCAAGUUUCGUUGCCAAAAAUAUUUAAGCGUAGCGGAUCGCAGCGAUGUGGCCGAGACGCUUAACUUGUCCGAGACGCAGGUUAAGACCUGGUACCAAAAUCGACGCACCAAAUGGAAGCGACAGAAUCAACUGCGUUUGGAGCAGCUGCGUCAUCAGGCCACCUUGGAGAAGGACUUUGUGGUGCAAGAUGCGGGCGCUGGCGGCGCACUUGGCUGCUGCCCCAGUGGCUUGCAGAGCUCCUUUAGUGCUGCAGCCGCUGCCGCUGCGGCAGCAAAUAAUCCAUGCAAUUUCUUAACCUCAGCUGCAGCAGCUGCCAUCUUUCGUAAUGUGGGCUAUGUGCAUGGCUGUCCUAUGUAAAAGCAUCUUUAAAGCCUCUCCCCACACACACGCACACACACACACACACACACUAACUGCUUGCCUAUGUAAAUAAACGUUGUGCAAUAAGUAUUUAAUUAUCGAUUCAACUCGACUUACUAUACGAACACCGAACCCCGAGCCCCGCCCCUAAGAAAUGUAAGCCUUAGGUUUAGUCAAAUUUUACUGUAACAUAUGCAACAACAGCAACAGCAACAACAACAA